AGAGAGAAGAUUAUAAAUGCCAGAUGGUUAACUGCUGAAUUCUGAUACGUUCUUAAAUACCUUCUUGAAAGAAUAACAACUUCAUUGGGAAGAAUUCAGAAAAUGUAGCAGAGAGGAGGGACAGCAUUCACAUUUACCAUGGCUAUACCAAUAACAGUACUCGACUGUGAUCUCUUGCUAUAUGGCCGAGGUCACCGGACAUUGGACCGUUUUAAACUGGAUGAUGUGACUGAUGAAUACUUGAUGUCUAUGUAUGGGUUUCCUCGACAGUUCAUUUAUUACUUGGUGGAGCUCCUAGGGGCGAGUCUUUCUAGACCUACUCAGCGAUCCAGGGCUAUUAGCCCAGAAACACAGAUCCUUGCAGCACUGGGAUUUUAUACUUCAGGUUCCUUCCAGACUCGGAUGGGAGAUGCUAUUGGAAUCAGUCAGGCCUCUAUGAGUCGAUGUGUUGCCAAUGUCACUGAAGCACUUGUGGAAAGGGCACCCCAGUUUAUUCACUUUCCAGCUGAUGAAGCCUCCAUGCAGGUUCUAAAGGAUGAAUUCUAUGGGUUGGCAGGGAUGCCAGGGGUGAUGGGGGUGGUUGACUGUAUCCAUGUGGCAAUCAAGGCACCAAAUGCUGAAGACCUGUCCUAUGUGAACCGCAAGGGUCUACAUUCUUUAAACUGCCUGAUGGUGUGUGACAUCAGAGGGGCCCUAAUGACUGUGGAGACACACUGGCCAGGCAGCCUACAGGAUUAUGCUGUGCUGCAGCAGUCUUCUCUCAGUAGUCAUUUUGAAGCCGGGAUGCACAAAGAUAGCUGGCUUCUUGGUGACAGUUCCUUCUUUCUCCGCACCUGGCUCAUGACCCCACUUCACAUUCCUGAAACCCCAGCAGAAUAUCGCUAUAACAUGGCCCAUUCUGCGACUCACAGUGUGAUUGAGAAGACUUUCCGAACACUCUGCUCCCGAUUCCGCUGCCUGGAUGGAUCCAAGGGGGCACUGCAGUACUCACCAGAGAAAUCCAGCCACAUCAUCUUGGCUUGUUGUGUUCUCCACAAUAUCUCCUUGGAGCAUGGGAUGGAUAUUUGGUCGUCCCCAAUGACAGGACCCAUGGAGCAGCCCCCUGAAGAAGCGUAUGAACACAUGGAGUCCCUGGACUUAGAGGUUGAUCGUAUCCGUCAGGAACUAAUGCUCACUCAUUUCAGCUAAUGUGGAAGGUGGGGAGGAAGACUGCAGAAAAGGUUGUGAGAAACUUUGCCCCUCACUACCUUCUACACAGUUUCAUAUCUAGCGUGACUGAAUGUGUAGACACUUGUCAUACACUGACAUUUAAUCUGUGUGCUUUAGAAGGGUUGGGGCUAUGCCGGAAUAUCUUGAUUCAUUCGUAAAUGUAUUAAAUAAA